AUGCAUGAAUUAGGUCAAAUACUCAUUGACACUGAUGAGGAAGAUGAUUUCCUUCCAGCCUCAGCCUUUAACAACGCCAGAAAGUUUUACAAGCAACAACAAGUUUCCGAAUCACAAGCCCCAAGUCAAGGCAACAACAUGCCUAUUCUUCCUAAAAACGUGAUCAAAGCCAAAAGAGCUCUUGUCGAAUAUAGCAAGAGUUCAGACCAGGCAGUCAUUGAUGCUUUAUUGAAGAGAAGAAGAAAGCCGGAGUUUUAA